AUGGAGUGUCCGCAUCUUGCACAGAGUGUAAGACUUGGGAGUAAUGAUAUUGAAUGGAAUGACAUAAAAAAUUUACCUUUCGUUUGUGCAGUAUGUGGAACGGAGAAAAGUACGUGGCUAUGCUUACACUGCGGGAACGUACAUUGUGGGCGUUACAUGUCUGGCCACGCACUGCAACAUCAUGAGAAAAAUACUCAUCACUGCGUAUGCAUCGACUGCGAAAAUUUAUCUGUAUUUUGUUAUUCAUGUGACGAAUAUGUUGUUAAUGAUACAUCAACCGGACAAAUAGAAAAAAUUCGUCAAAAUACAUUUCGCAAAGCUGAACAUAAAGAAAACGAUGAAAAUUGGAGUUCAUCGUCCUCAUCAGGAUUAGACAAUGGAAAUGGAGAUACUGAUUCAGAUGCGAUAUGGAAAAAUGAAGUUGUUGUAAGAAAUUUGCGACCUCGUACUCGCAAGAGACUUCAUUCGUUUGAUGAAACAAGCGGUGAUAAUCGACCAGUUCCCAAACGACGAAGUUCCAAGGCUACCAAAGAGAAAAAAGUUGUUGGAUUAAGAAAUCUCGGCAAUACAUGUUUUAUGAAUGCUGUACUUCAAUCAUUUAAUAACAUCAGCCAUUUUUGUGAGUACCUUACGCAGAUGCCAAGUCUUGAGGGCAUUGCCUUUGAUGAACCGCCAACUCAUAGAGGACGGAUUGUUGCUCCCGGUAGAGCUAAAGAACUAAGCGAUGCAUUACUUGCUGAAGAACUUAGAAAGGUUUUACUAGGAUUGAGUUUAGGUAGUUCAAAUGGUCAAGCAAUAUCACCAGAAUGUCUCUUUUUAGUAAUUUGGAAAGUGGUCCCACGUUUUAGAGGCUAUCAACAACAAGAUGCUCAUGAAUUUCUCACUUAUAUGCUCGAUAGACUUCACACAGAGUUAUUGCAACUCUUACCAAGACUUGGUCACGAACCACUAGGACUUCGUGGCAAACAAAGUAUCGUUACUGCAGUAUUUGGUGGCGCUUUACUCAGUGUGGUACAUUGCAUGAACUGUCGAACAGAUUCAAAAACCCAUGAACCUUUUCAAGAUCUUUCUUUGGAUAUUCCGGAUAAAUUUCAGAGAAGAACAGCAACAAAAGAGCAAGAAGAAGUGUGCAGUUUGACAUUCAGUCUCUCUCGUUUCUUCAAAGUUGAGGAGCUAGCUGAUAGUGAACUUUACUACUGUAAUAACUGUAUGGGAAAACAACGAUCUACUAAAAGGUUCUGGAUUCACAGGCUGCCUAACGUGUUGUGCCUUCACAUAAAAAGAUUUAGGUGGUGCAACUCGUAUCGCUCCAAGGUGGAUACACAAGUUGAUUUUCCCAUGGAAUCACUUGAUAUGUCAACAUUCACCGUGUGUGGAUCUGCUGGCGUUAAGAUUGGUGCCCAAAAUAGCCAUCUCUAUGAUCUAGCUGCCGUUAUUGUUCAUCAUGGAUCAGGUGCGGGCACUGGACAUUAUACUGCCUUUGCUGUUCACGAUGGCCAGUGGUUUCAUUUCAAUGAUAGUAGCGUACGUCCAGCAAGCACUGAGUCUGUUGCCAAGUGCAAGCCUUAUAUUCUCUUUUACGUACGCAGAGAAUUUUCAAUUCCACCGCCAUUGUGA